AUGACAUCGAACAUUUCUGUUAACCGUUAUUCCGGUAAUAAAUCAAGUAGUUAUAGUAACUUCCGGCAAACAACACAAGCCGAUUUUGCUAACAACAGCAAAAACAGGCCUUCUGCUAAUGAAAAAGGAAAUCUCUGGAAAAGUGAAAAUACAUCUGAUGUAUCUCGUCGUAAUAUUCGGGAACGACUCACCCACUUGUUGGCAUUAAAACCAUUCAGCAAGGAAGAUCUAUAUGCGCGACUGAAAAAGGAAGGAAUUCGAGAUAAUGAGCUCAAGUCCGUUGCUAGCAUACUCAUGGCUAUUGCCCUGCUCCGUUGCCGUAUGUACAGCCUUCGUGAUCACAUGUGGUACUAUGUGAAUGUAAAUUGGCCCUUCUAUACAGAGCAUGAGCGGGAUCAAGUCAAGCAGAAUAUGCCACAAGAUAAGACUCCACCACAUCAUCCGACUGAUCAAGUCAAUUCUCAAGAUAUAUCUCCAAAACAUCAUCCGAAUGAUCGAGGCUCAUGUGGGAGUCAGAUCCCAACUGAUAUUAUUGCUAGUCCCCCACAAGAGACGGACAAUUUGGAGUAUGAAUAUGCACCACGACCAAAGAAGCAACGAAUAAGUCAUAUGGUCACCAAAAAUGCUACAAUUACCCAUCCUAAGACGACGAAUCCCCUGCAUCAAGUGAAAGACAUUACGAGGAACAACAACGUCGUGCAUAAAUCCAAUAAUGAUGAAAGCCAGAAUCCAACUUAUACUUAUAUUGAUACUCCUCCACAAGAGACGGACUGUUCGGAGUAUGAAUAUGCACCACGACCAAAGAAGCAACGCAUUAGUCAUAUGGUUACAAAAACUGCUACAAUUAUCCAUCCUAAGAGGACGAAUUCCCUGCAUCAAGUGAAAGACAUUACGAGGAACAACAACGUCGUGCAUAAAUCCAAUAAUGAUGAAAACCAGAAUCCAACUUAUACUUAUAUUGAUACUCCUCCACAACAGACGGACUGUUCGGAGUAUGAAUAUGCACCACGACCAAAGAAGCACCGCAUUAGUCAUAUGGUUACAAAAACUGCUACAGUUACCCAUCCUAUGAUGAGAGAUUCUAUGCAUCAAGUGAGGGACAUUCCGAGGAACAUCAACAUUGUGCAAAAAUCCAUUAAUGAUGAAGAGUCACAACGACAACAAGGUCAGCACCAACGGGACUUUCAAAAGAAGAGUGAGGGUCUAAUAGAAUCAGCAAAAACUCCAGAAAGAAAGAAGCAGAGGAUGUUGGAACUAUUCGGAGAAACCCCUGUAAAUAAAAUCAGCAAUGAGUCUCGGGACUACAGUCACACUGCUGCAAAUGGCAACGCAAAAUUGACAUCUCGUGUAUCUGAGUAUAAAAAUUCAUCCAAGACCGAAAACAACAAAAUAUGCAUGGAAAACUCGCAUAAGAGGGACAUUCCGAGGAACAUCAACAUUGUGCAAAAAUCCAUUAAUGAUGAAGAGUCACAACGACAACAAGGUCAGCACCAACGGGACUUUCAAAAGAAGAGUGAGGGUCUAAUAGAAUCAGCAAAAACUCCAGAAAGAAAGAAGCAGAGGAUGUUGGAACUAUUCGGAGAAACCCCUGUAAAUAAAAUCAGCAAUGAGUCUCGGAACUACAGUCACACCGCUGCAAAUGGCAACGCAAAAUUGACAUCUCGUGUAUCUGAGUAUAAAAAUUCAUCCAAGACCGAAAACAACAAAAUAGGCAUGGAAAACUCGCAUAAGAAGCAUAUUACAGACUUACGAGAAAAAUUUCAAUCAAAAAUGGACUUGCCAAAGGAGAGAGAGAAGAGUCAAACAGUGACUGUAUCACCAGCAACAAGAAAGAGGAAGCGGAUGCUCGAGCUAUUCGGAGAAGAUCCUAUAACUCCAGCAAAAAGAACCACCAGUGAUCAUAAACCCUCGCACAACAAGAAUACACCUACACACUCUAACAUACAAACAGUACACCAUCGUGACUUGAAAAGCGAUAAUUUCACGAAGUCCGCAACUCCUGCAACACGAAAAAGGCAAAGAAUGAUCGAGAUAUUCGGAGAAGAUUCAGAUUUAGAAUGA